CGGUGGAGGAGCGCGGAGCCUCAACAGGCUCACCCCGUGACCUUCGGGGGCCGGUGCGGGGGGCGCCUGGACUCCGAUGAGCCGCGGCCGGUUCGGGGGGCUCCUGGACGCGAGUCCCCGGACCGUCGCUGACCGGGACAUUACCGCGAAGCUCCUGGCUCCCCCAGGUCAGAGAGACCCUCUGGCAGAAGCUGCCUCCCAUAGAACCAGAGAUGGCAUCUGUGGACUUCAAGACCUAUGUGGAUCAGGCCUGUAGAGCUGCUGAGGAGUUUGUCAAUGUCUACUAUACUACCAUGGAUAAGCGGCGGCGGCUGCUAUCCCGUCUAUACAUGGGCACAGCCACCCUGGUAUGGAAUGGAAAUGCCGUGUCAGGACAAGAAUCCUUGAGCGAGUUUUUUGAAAUGUUGCCUUCCAGUGAGUUCCAAAUCAACGUGGUGGACUGCCAGCCUGUUCAUGAUGAAGCCACACCGAGCCAGACCACAGUCCUUGUCGUGAUCUGUGGGACAGUGAAGUUUGAAGGCAACAAACAGCGGGACUUCAACCAGAACUUCAUCCUGACUGCUCAAGCCUCACCCAGCAACACAGUGUGGAAGAUAGCAAGUGACUGCUUCCGGUUUCAGGACUGGGCCAGCUAGGCGGGCCGGAAAGGCCUCUUGACUUCAGUACCAGCUCUGCAGAGAAACUCAGUCUCAAAUCUCAGGAUAUGGGGGACACAUUUCUGUCUGCAGCGAUGCUGCAGUCCACACUGUGUUGAGGCUGAACUCACAUGCGUUUGAGUCCUAGGAGCCCCCUUCCUGAGAACAUACUUGUUUGUCAUAGUUGCCUUUUAAAAGUAGUUAACUUUUCUAUUUUUCUACUUGCUCAGUAGAGACCUUGAUUCU